CUGAACCGGAUAUCCGGUCCGCCAUCCGCGCGUGAAGAAGCUCCGCCACACGUGGAAUCCAGAGGAGAGCGAACGUGCGACCCGCAACAUCUUGGGUUUUUUCAACAUUAAACAACGCCUUUGAUAUAUUUUGGUCCUUUUAAAACGCUCCAUCUUCAAGAUGUUCCUGCAGUUUUACCUCAAUGAGGAGGGAGACCGAGUCUACACUCUGAAGAAGAGUUGUCCGGCCGGGCAGCCCACCAGCUCUGCCCACCCGGCCCGCUUCUCUCCGGACGACAAGUUCUCCCGACACCGGGUGACGCUGAAGAAACGCUUCGGCCUUCUGCUCACCCAGCAGCCCAGACCCAUUCUGUGAGGGGCGGAGAUUUGGACUGUGAAGCAGAAAUAAGAAAGGAACACAUUGAGGAUUCCAACCUGUUACCGAGCAGCCGGGAUAAAUUACCUCACUGAUCUUCAUUUGAUGUUCCGUUAGUUUGUUGACGUUACUUCAUGGAUGAUAUUUUGUUUUCCACAUGGAAUAAAUAUUCGGUUAAUGUUUUUUUUAUCUGGUUGUUUCAACGUGUAUAAAGUCCACAUGUGGUCAUAUUUAGGAAGGAAAUUGGAUAAACGCCUUGGGAGUCGUAUGUUAAGGCCUUUGCAGUCAGAUCUUUUCCCCGGAUGAACCAAUGAGAUGUUUUCCUUUGGCGUGAGAGACAUUGCUCUCCAUCAUUAUUGGAAGGCCAAACAAGAUUUUAGUGGAAUGGAGUUAUUUGUAUGAUUCUGUCUCCGCUUGGUAUUUUAUGACCGUACUUUUCCUGGUGCUUAUAGUCUGCAAUGUUUGAUAAAACGCCGCGGUGUAUUUUUAACACCUUGUCUCAUCAAGAAUUAAAGAUGUAAACAAUC